AUGUCAUCCAUCAAGCACCUCGUUUAUGCAGUUAUUCGUUUCUUACGGGAACAAAGUCAGAUGGAUGCUUAUACCUCAGAUGAGCAAGAAAGUUUGGAAGUUGCAAUUCAGUGCUUGGAGACAGUUUUUAAAAUCAGCGCAGAAGAUACACAUCUAGCAGUUUCACAGCCUUUGACAGAAAUGUUCACCAAUUCCUUCUGUAAGAAUGACAUUCUGCCUCUCUCAAACUCAGUGCCUGAAGAUAUGGGAAAAGCUGACCAAUUAAAAGAUGAAGGCAAUAAUCACAUGAAAGAAGAAAAUUAUGCUGCUGCAGUGGAUUGUUACACACAGGCGAUAGAACUGGAUUCAAAUAAUGCAGUUUAUUAUUGUAACAGGGCUGCUGCUCAGAGUAAAUUAGGUCACUACACGGAUGCAAUAAAGGAUUGUGAAAAAGCAAUAGCGAUUGAUUCAAAGUACAGCAAGGCCUAUGGGAGAAUGGGGCUGGCCCUCACUGCCAUGAAUAAAUUUCAAGAAGCAGUUACAAGUUAUCAGAAGGCAUUAGAUCUUGACCCUGAAAAUGAUUCCUAUAAAUCAAAUCUGAAAAUAGCAGAACAGAAGUUAAGAGAGGUAUCUAGUCCUACAGGAACUGGACUGAGCUUUGACAUGGCUAGCUUAAUAAAUAAUCCAGCCUUCAUUAGUAUGGCAGCAAGUUUAAUGCAGAAUCCUCAAGUUCAACAGCUAAUGUCAGGAAUGAUGACAAAUGCUAUUGGGGGGCCUGCUGCUGGUGUUGGGGGCCUAACUGACCUGUCUAGCCUCAUUCAAGCGGGACAGCAGUUUGCUCAGCAGAUACAGCAGCAGAAUCCUGAACUCAUAGAGCAACUUAGAAAUCACAUCCGGAGCAGGUCAUUCAGCAGCAGUGCUGAAGAACAUUCCUGA